AUGCAGUUGCAGGAGCCCAUAGUGCGGCUUCUCCAAUGUCUCUUUGCUGUCUUCAAGAUGGAGGUUUCGUCAUUCACCGCAGAAGCCAUGCUCAGCGGAGUGCGCAAAUUAUUCCGAGACCCACACAGUUUUACUUCGAAACUCUGCAGCAUGCCGCCUUUCUCCACAGAAGAGGCCAAGAAACUUGCUCCAUUCCUGACGUCAGGGUCACAAUUUCGAAGAGUGAGAGAAAAGGAGGUGAAUGAGUGCCACGAUGCUUUGCAUACUUGGCUGAGUGCCUUCUACACGUACUCAAGUGUCUCUGACCAGGUUGCAGUCACUUUGCACCAACUGGAAGGACAGGAAUUGCUGUUGCACCGCUUGAACAACCAGGAUUUGCAGAGUGUGCCCAAUACAGGAGGGCAUUUGGCAGAUUCAGUGCCUUGUGGUGUUGCACUCCGCUCAGCCAAUUCAGCCACAGGGGUGGCUAAGAAUCAGCCUGCAAGAGCCGCUGCGUCACCAUUGAGCCGGUCUCGACGUGCUUUGCAGGGAAUCACAGCAACACCUGGCACAAGGCGCAACGCUUUGUGA